GCGAUCGACUAUAAACCAGUGGAAUGGCAUUUCCAGCAAAUAAUCUCUGCAAUCCAUCUCUUGCCUAAACGAAAAAAAAACUAAUGGAGUCAACAGCCACAGUUGCGUUGGAUCGUUCAACUCAACUAAAAGCUUUCGACGAGACCAAGACCGGCGUGAAAGGCCUUGUCGAUGCCGGAAUCGCAGAGAUUCCGGCCAUAUUCCGUGCACCUCCGGUUACUUUAGCAAGCCCAAAACCACCUUCCUCAAUAUCAUCGCAGUUCACGAUCCCAACAAUCGAUCUCAGAGGAGGCACGGACUCGAUGAUCACGUCGCGUCGGAGCUUGGUGGAGAAGAUCGGAGACGCGGCGGAGAGAUGGGGUUUUUUCCAGGUGAUCAAUCACGGGAUCCCGAUGGAAGUGCUGGAGAAGAUGAGAGAAGGGAUUCGUGAGUUUCACGAGCAAGACCCGGAAGUGAGGAAAAGGUUUUACUCUCGAGAUCCGAGUAGCAAGAUGGUUUACAGCAGCAACUUCGAUCUGUUUAGCUCGCCGGCUGCUAACUGGAGAGAUACACUCGGUUGCUACACGGCACCAGAUCCUCCAAAUCCCGAGGACUUGCCCGCCACUUGUGGGGAGAUGAUGAUCGAGUACUCAAAGGAAGUGAUGAAAUUGGGUAAGUUACUCUUUGAGCUUCUCUCAGAAGCUCUAGGGUUAAGCACUAAUCACCUCAAGGACAUGGAUUGCACCAAUUCAUUGCUGCUGCUCGGGCAUUACUACCCGCCAUGUCCCCAACCAGAUCUUACUUUAGGCUUAAGCAAACACUCGGACAAUUCUUUUCUCACUCUUCUUCUUCAAGACCAUAUCGGAGGGCUUCAAGUUCUUCAUGACCAAUACUGGGUUGAUGUUCCUCCUGUUCCCGGAGCUCUUGUCGUUAACGUUGGAGAUCUUCUCCAGCUUAUAACAAACGACAAGUUUAUAAGCGUGGAGCAUAGGGUUUUAGCGAAUGGAGCUGGACCUCGAAUUUCAGUGGCGUGUUUCUUCAGUUCAUAUUUGAUGCCGAAUCCUCGAGUCUAUGGACCCAUCAAAGAGCUCUUGUCUCAACAAAACCCUCCCAAGUACAGAGACACCACCAUUACAGAGUAUGCAAACUUCUACAGAUCCAAAGGUUUCGAUGGUACCUCUGGAUUACUGUAUCUCAAGAUCUGAUGAGACAUGCCAUACUGUAUAUCACUUGUGUCUAAUAAAGAUUUGAUUUUAUCUGUAAUAACUUCUUUGUUCAAUAAUGAGACUUGUCUGCGCCGCCA